AUGUCAACGGAAACCAAAGUUCUACACACACCGACACAAGGUGCCACUGCACCACGAAUCACCCGCGAGAUUUUUGAAAGCACCGUGAAGCAAUUAUGCAUUUUUGCUUCCAGCUCUGAUAUGGAAAUCGCGUCUACUAUAAUCCAUGAGAUUAGAAACCAACGAGAGCAGAUCAAUACAAAGCAAAAUGAGCUGUUAGAAGUUCGCAAGAAACUUGAAGAGCAAGAGAAAGACCGAAACAUUGCGAUGAAUCAAUGGUAUAUUGGAAUGCAAACGGAGAAGGGCAAAUUAGAAGCCGCCGAAGUGAAGAUCGAAUCACUCCAUGAAUCUAUGGCAAAAAAAGACAGCAAUCUCGCAGAAUCAACUCAAAAGAUCAAGAAUAUUGAGGAAGAAAAGGAGAAGGUUCAAUUGGAGCUUCUCAGUGCGAAAGACAAAGUCAAUGGACUUUCUGAAUUUAUUAUCUCGCUACAGAAGAAACUCGAAGAGAGGGAUGCCAUCAUCAAGGACCUCCGAUCCGCUAAAUCUUCUUUGACCAACUCAUUAUCGUCGAAGAAGAAGAAAAAUGAGGAGCUAGAAACCGAGCUUUCUUCUUUGAGAAGCACCUCACAAGAGUCUCAAAUCCAGCUUCAGAAGCUGGAGGGCUAUGGCUUAUGUGGCCACCAAAUGGAUGAAGACUCCAUGGUCGACGGAUUCUCAAGUCUUUGGGAUUACGCUACCGAUCAAAUUCAUCGUAUCAUGAUGGAAAACAUUGAUAGCGCAGCUCUAAGUAAUAAAACAUCAUUGGGGGGCCUUCUAAAGGGCGACAUGUCGAUUCGGCAUGUUCCUAUGCCCCUUUCGAACAGUGUCGCAGCCAAAGGAAUGCGUCUUGCUGUGAUUCUGAGUAUCUUAUCAAAGGAGAUUGAUGAACAUAUCUUUCAACCAAAUUAUCUCGUUCCAGAAGAUGCUCAAUUGCGGGAUAUCAUGAGCCACCUUGCCCAGACUGAUGGUGCAAAAGAAUCUUUCUGUCGAUCAAUGCUUCUUUCAAUUGAUCAACAGAGUCAGCAAGAGACACUUCAGCUCAGAAUUCAAUCUGUGGUUCACAAAGUGUCAAGCUGCGUACGCGACUUGCUAUCGGAAACACAGUAUAAUGAGUUUCGACAAAGUGUAGCAAGCACCGUGCAGAAGGCGAUUGAUAUUUGGCUACCUAUACAACGUUCUCAACAAAAGUAUGAGUCCGAUUUCGAUCCACUUGACUGGAAUGACAAUGAAUGGGCCAUUUUCAAUCUCCCCGGCGAGAAUAACGAGAAGAACACCACGGCCCACGGCAUUGCCAGUGAUACUCUUCUGACCAUCUUUCCGCGCAUAUCUCAGGUCAAAGAUGACGGACGACAUCCUUUGACUUUUGUCACUCAACUAACGAAAUCUCAUCCACUAUGCAUCCAAGCAGAGAAGGAGAUCAAUAGAAAGCCAAAUAGUCCCACGAUCGGUCGCAUGCCUUCGAAUGGAACCAGACGGAACUCCAUUGCUCCAAAAUCCCGCUCUAACGAGAAUGGUUUUUUAGAGAAAAAGGAAAAUGGGGCGUGCUAA